UCAAUCGAAAGGGUCGCAAGAGUUAAGGCGAGGAUUGUUAACGCUUUUAACAUCCCAGGACAGAUUCCAGCACUUCACUAAUACUCCCCGGGCUCGAGUGUCGUUGUUUGGAGGGUUUUAUCGGGGACUUCGUUGUGUUUACGUGUGCAGAGUUGUUCAGGCGUCCCCUCAGAGACUCCUUCUGCCAAAUCGACAUUAGUUUUGUUGCAGCAGUCAACUCAGCUGAGAUGAUCCACAGCCUGUUCCUGAUUAAUCACUCGGGAGAUAUCUUCCUGGAGAAACACUGGAAGAGUGUCAUCAGCCGGAGCGUGUGUGAUUACUUUUUUGAGGUGAAGGAGAAGGUGGCGGACCCGGAAAAUGUGCCCCCCGUUUUGCAGACCCCACACCACUAUCUCAUCUCUAUAUUCAGGGGCAAGAUUGUCUUCCUGUCUGUCGUCCAGACUGAGGUCCCCCCGCUCUUCGUCAUUGAGUUCCUGCACAGAGUGGCAGACACAUUCCAGGAUUACUUUGGAGAGUGUUCAGAAGUUGUGAUCAAGGACAACGUGGUGACUGUUUACGAGCUGCUGGAGGAGAUGUUGGACAACGGGUUUCCACUAGCAACAGAGUCCAAUGUCCUCAAGGAGAUGAUAAAGCCUCCCACCAUCCUGCGGUCGGUUGUCAAUACACUCACAGGUGGUAGUAACGUUGGAGAUGUGCUACCUACAGGCCAAUUGUCUAAUAUUCCAUGGAGGCGGGCCGGUGUGAAAUAUACUAAUAACGAAGCCUAUUUUGAUGUGAUAGAGGAAAUAGAUGCCAUUCUAGACAAAUCAGGUUCGACAGUAUUUGCAGAAAUCCAGGGUGUAAUUGAAGCCUGUGUGAAACUCACUGGGAUGCCUGAUCUCACUCUGUCCUUUAUGAAUCCCCGUCUCCUGGAUGACGUGAGUUUCCAUCCGUGUGUGCGGUUCAAGCGUUGGGAGUCGGAGCGUGUCCUGUCCUUCAUCCCGCCAGAUGGAAACUUCACACUCAUGUCGUACCAUGUCAGCUCUCAAAAUCUCGUAGCCAUUCCAGUGUACGUGAAGCAGAACAUCAGCUUCUUAGAGACGGGAUCUUGUGGUCGUCUGGACAUCACCAUCGGACCCAAGCAGACCAUGGCGAAAACAGUGGAGGGUUUGAUGGUCACCAUUCACAUGCCUAAAGCCGUGCUCAGUGUCAAUCUCACAGCCACACAGGGAAACUACACCUACGACCUGGCCACCAGGGUGCUGGUUUGGGACAUUGGUAAACUCAACACCCAGAAGCUUCCUAACUUACGAGGCAGUCUGAGUAUGCAGGCCGGAGUCCCAAAGCCUGAGGAGAACCCCUCGCUCAACAUUGAUCUGAAGAUACAGCAGCUGGCUAUAUCAGGUCUCAAAGUGAGUCGUCUCGACAUGUUCGGAGAGAAGUACAAGCCAUUUAAAGGGGUGAAAUACCUGACGAAAGCGGGAAAAUUCCAAGUGCGGACCUGAGCGAUGGUCAAAGAUCAGCAAGCCAAUGUGCCAGAGACGGUGCCAGGUUACUCUACUGUCAAAUCAGCUUUCCAACAAGUCUUAAAUAUUCAAAGAUGCAUUGUUGUUAAAGAACGUUUCUGCCUUCUAACAGUUAUUUAUCAUAGAUUUGGUAUUUUGUGUGUGUGUGUAAUAUAUCAAUUGUGUUUUUAUGGUAUUUAAAGGGAAGCCUUAAUAAUCACGUGAUCUUGUUGAAUGCCUAUAUGUUUCUUUGCAGUUUAAAUUAGCUGCAUUGUAUGCCUUAUUCCUUACUUUUUGCUUCUUUUUCUUCUUCUUCUUUUAACUAACACGUUCUAAGUGCUGCCUAAGUGGAAUAUUUUACUUUGAAAAAGGAGACUAUAUGUGGCUCACUGCCUUGCUCUUCACCACACAUCUGCACCUGAAUAAUAAUGCCUGCAUGUUGCCUGAGAGUAAGCACACUUUAUAUGAUAUUAGGUAGCCCGUUUUAUACAUACAGAUACGUUUAUUUUUGAAAAGUCUAAUGUAAUACCCUCUAUGAGUCAGUACAGGCACUUUUUGCACACAUUCACUGUUUUAAUGUGGCCUUCAAAGAGCAGUUUCAGCUCUGAAUAGAAUAUGUCUGGGACACGUGAGGGAAAUAUAUUUUAAAAACAUCUCAUAUUAAAGUACAAAGUGUAGGUUGACCAAAGAACAGUUAGUCUGUUGGGAAUAGCACGAAUAAAUCUUUAAGAGCCACACAUUAAUCUGAAUGACACUUCUCAGCACAGCAUUUGCACAAUCAAUCAAUUGUCUACAUGAAAAAUGCUUCUUAAAGCUCUUGUAUGAAGUUGAAUCUGUAUGUCAGUUUAUAAGAUGUCUAUAAAAGCUUUACAUUCAUGUUUGUGUAUGCAUUGUUAUUAAAUAACCAUGCCCUGAAAGGUACUUCAGUUCUGCAUAUACUU